CAAAAUACAAGUAGAAAAAUAAUUAUUUGUUGUUGUUAGAAGGGUCAUAAAGAUAUAUACGUAAUUACUACCAUAAGUAAAAAUGGACGAAGAAUUAAACAAAGCCAAAUCACACCCACUAUACUUCCAAUUUUCUUUUUCCCCUUAUUUGUUGCUUUUCUCAAACAUUCUCGGUUAAUACUAUCUUUCUUCAUCCAAUUUUCACAUUUUUUUCAUUCUCUCUUUUUAUUUUCUUCCUUUUCAUUAGACACGAAUACGAGCACGACACGAGCACGAAUAGGCACGACACGAUUCCAAUCGUGUUCGGGCCUGGACCGGGCCUAGCAAAGUUAACAAAUGGCCUUUCACGGCACGACACGAAAAGUGACGGACCGUGCCAAGCACGACACGAAAUAAAUGGGUCUGAAGCGUACCCGUGUCGUGCCGGCCCAAGCACGGCCCAACGUCCAUGUACAGUUUGGCCUAGCUAGCUAUUUCCUUCCUUCGCUAGCUAAGCAAACGGGAAACUCUAUUGUGGCGAUGAAAUAGCCUAACUUAUGCCAAAAGAGAAAAGUUCCAUCUAAUGCAUUGGAUGUUUUAGAAUCAGGCCGAAUGUUGAAUCGAAAAAGUUAGUGGUUGAUGGUUCAACGGUAACCGUUAUAGAACUAUUGAUUAAUUAUUGACAACACCGUUCAUGCACUGUAAUAAAUCAAAUCAAUUGAAAUGAACCGCUAUAAUAAAUGGUUUAAUUAUUCUAUGGGCCCACCCAAUGAUCCAGUUCGGUUCUUCUAUAAUAGAUUUUACUUUUAUAGGGUUUGCACAAUUGAUUUUCCAACAUCAUUCCAAUCACAAUUAAUGAGAAUCGCAUUGGUGCCUUAAUUACUUUGUGGGUUGUUUGGAGAAAAAAUUUCAACUAUGGAUUCAUUGAAUUCGUAGAUUUUGUAAGAAGUCAUGCUUUUUUUGUUGCUUUUUGCAUUGUAAAUUUUAUAUUUUUAUUUAUUUAUCCCACUAAAUACACAUAUUAAUGUAUUCUCUGGAACUAGACUAAUUUUAUUAUUAAGGAUAAACAUGUAGCGGAUUAAAAAAAAGAAUAUGCCAAUUGGUAUUGGAAAAAAAUUGUUAAGCUUCAACUAAACUUUUGAUCGAAUGUGAUACUUUUCGGAACUAAAUUCACUUUUAUUAAAUAUUUUUCCUUUGGUAUUACCUACUAUAUUCUUCAUCUCAUCAAUUUGAAUUACGCAAAGGUUCCAUGAGAUAAGUAAAUUUUACAUAAUAAUUUAAUAAAAUGUGAAACUUAUACGUAAGUUGAUUUUAUUGUUAGACCACACAUCAUGGAAAAUUUGCGUAAUACCAACUUAUAACGGGAUAGUUAUUUCUUCUGUAUUAAUUAAGCAAACGUAUUAUGUAAGUAUUUCGUAAUAAUUAAGAUAUUACAUAAAGCUUAUGCAAGUAUCUUAACCAAACAAUAUUGUGAAUAUAUAUUUAUUUCAAUUAAACCAUUAAAUGAGUGACUAAAGUUCGAUUAUUAUUAUAAGUUUAUUACCCAGGGGUGGAGCCAGGAUUCAGUGCUUGGGGGUUGAAGUUUCUUACUCCGUCAUUCCUAAAAAAAUGUGAGAAUCAAUAAAAAUGAAACUCCUCUUAUUUUUGAAUUGAAAAAUUAAUCCUUGCUUUUAAAUUAAAGUACUUGGAAAAAACAAAAUAUACUAUUGAGUACUUUACCUAUAACAAAAAUUGCAACUCGUGGGUAUUGAACCCCUUACCUUGGGCUUAUAUAAAAUAACUUAUCCUGUGGGCUAGAUUUAAAUUGACAACCUAUUUAACACAUCAACUUAUUUCUUAAUUACACUUAGUUUAUACGAAAUUUCAAAGUACUUGAAAAUUUUAAAAGUAACUUCCGAGAUUCUCGGGGGCCGAAACCCCCCUUAAGCUAGCUGUAGCUUGGCCCGGUUAUUACCGCCGCGAAGCGCGGGUUAAAAAACUAGUUAAUAUAUAAAAGCCUAACUUGUGAGUUAUUAAUCAUUAUUGGCUCUCACACUUCCCCAAAUGCAAGUGGGGAAGUUCCAAGUUGCUUCUUUUACCUCACUCUUCAUUCUACAACCUUUGUGUUAAACCAUUGUUCGCUAGGUCUACUUCUAUUGAACCCAAACACAAGGGUAUCCUAACUUGAACCCAAGGCCGCUACAACGAGUUUUGUAUCGGGAUCGAGUUUCAUUCUCUUUAGUGGUUUUUUCUUUCUCUUUUUUGUUCUUUUUGUGGACCAUCAUCACAAUGGAACCCAAACAUUAAUUAAUAUAUAAAAGCACAGGUUGUGAGUUACCACGAGUUUUGUAUCGAGACCGAGUUUCAUCCUUUUUAGUCUUUUUUCUUUCUACUUUCGCUAUCACGAGUUUUGUAUCGGGACAACGUUUCAUCAUAUUUCGUGUUUUUUCUUUCUCAUUUUCCUGGGAUUUUUCCAGAAAUAGCACCUUUAAAAAAAUAUUUAAAAAACAGCACACAUUCCGUAGAAAUUACAAAAAUAGCACCCUUUUUAAAAAACCGCACCCCUGGUGCGUUUUGCAUGUAAACUGCACCCCCUGGUGCGUUUUGUAAUUAAACCGCACCCCCAAGGUGCGGUUUAGCAUUCUGGACCAAAACCGCAUCUUGGCCAUGCGGUUUGCGGUCUGAUCUGACCAAACCGCAUGGCCUAGAUGCGGUCUAGUCCUGACUUAUCAAAACCUCACUUUGGGGAUGCGGUUUUGCUUCUCCAAAACAAACCGCACCCUCAAAGUGCGGUUUUGGCAACACAAACCGCACCCCCCAAUGCGGUUUGUGUGUCAAUUAUUUUCCAACACCAGACAUGCAGCCAUGCAGCUUGACAGACGUAGGGCUGCAUACGGGAAAUUUCUUCUCUUCACACCUCUUCUUCUCCCUUUUCAAUUUUCUAUUGUAGUUCCCUAUUUCUCUAGUGUUUUUGCGGUUAACGUUAACUCGUAAGUUUAUUUUGUAUUACUUUUUAUUGUGAAUUGUGAUUUUUAUGAUAUUAGUUGAACUAAUGUUUUUUGCAGAUGGCAUUCCAAAAGUUCACGCUUGGGUUACGGUGGAAUGGUUACACGGAAGAGAGCGAAAGGGGGUCACUACGUCGGUGGCAAUUUUCAGAAAAUAAAGGUCGCUACCAGACUGAUGCUUGAAGACCUCUAUAAAAUUGUACUAACGUUACUUGCACGAGGAAUAUCUCAUAACCACUCAGGAUGAGGUAGAUGCCAUGCUCGAAUUCUUGAGGUCCAACAAUCUUUCCAAAGCCGAGAUGUUCGUUUACACCGAGCCGAUCGUAGGCGUUGGAGGUCAUUCUGGAGACGGUCAAACAUCUAGUAUCAAUGGUGGAGGUGAAUUAUAUGGAGAUCAUCCCUACCAAAGUUACCAUGAUCUUCAUUCCUAUUUUCAGUACUAAGAGCAAGGUGAAGGUCAUCAUCAAUCUUACAUGUCAUAUGAAGAAGAAGUUCAACCGGACCAUGCCAACCAGCCCCAGUACAACUUCCAAUCAGGCAGUGGUAGUUUUCACAACUACCAUUAUGGAGCUGAUGAAGGUGCCUUUCAUGAGCUGGAUAAGAUGAAAGAUGCCGUACCAGCACCAGUCAGUGACCCCUCCGAUGAAGAAGGAGAGAACAACGUCAGUGCAGACAGCUCCGACCCUCUUGAAGGUGCUGAUGAUUCAGGACCAGAGUCAGACUCAUAUAAUGAUGAUGAGGUGGCUCAUGACCGUGUACCAGUCCCCUACUACAAUCACAUUCCAGACGACAAUUGGAUGGUCGACAGCGAUAUGGAACCCCCGGAGGUUCCAAUAUGGGGUCCACUCACUAGGUUUAUGAAGAGCCAACAAUUUGGCUCAAAGAAGGAUACAUACGUAUUCAAACAUUUGAAAUUAAUAAAAAUCAUUUAAGUACACAUAAACAUAAAUCGUAUUG